UUGCCAGCUGACUGAUUCUGUAUAAGAAAUUGUUUCGGCCGAGUGAAAGUUGGUCUUAGUUUGUUCGAUCCCUUCAAAGCAUCGUAUCUUUCAAUUCUUUGUUCCAAGAAGUGGCAGUCAGUCUUUCAAAAUCCUAAUCCUAUGCUUACGGACCGAGAGGUUUUGCUGACGAUGUUUUUGCUAUUGUCUCUCCUAGCAAUCAAUGCCGCUUCAGCGAGACUACCCGCCUGUCAGGAGGGGGAAUACGAAUAUGAAUUUACCGAGUGUGAUUCAGCUGGGGGAAGAUGGCGUGUGCCAGUGCCACGUAGAGCUGACAAGUGCGAAGCAACCGGUCUGACUUCGGUCAGACAACGAAAAUGCGCCUCGACUUGUGAUUCUGGUGAAUUUUUGGAUGUGAAUAGUCCCGAACAGUUAUGUAAGGCGUGUCCAGCUGGCCACUAUAGUUCUGGUGGUGAUGUUAUCUACUCCAACUGGACAACGCUGCCCAUUGGCUUUGAGACACGAUCGUAUGAUGACAGCAGCAACCUGAUGUCUAGCAGCAAACAAAGUAACUGCACAAAUUCACUAUGGAAGGCGAUGGGCGAUAACGUGGUGUCUGGUUUUGACAACUGCAUGUCACAAUUAACACUUGCUGUAACGUUAAAGAAAGAUGGAAAAGUUUUUUUUACUUAUCAAAGUCCCAGCAGCGAUGUCUUUUUUAACGUUUACGUUCGUAAUGAACAGUGCCUGAUGAGUACUGGGGAAAAGUCGUAUAAGUAUCCACCACGAACAAAAGAAUUUCAAUGGAACAAUGCAACGGUUGAACUCAAGCGUGGUCACAAUCUGAUAGUCUGGCAAGCGGCUCUGUUUCCAUCUAAAAGAGCUGCUGAACGUAAUGAGGAACCUGUCAUGAUUAAAUCUAUUCGAGUUGAAGGAGUAGCGUACACAUCCGAAUGUUCCCCUUGUCCUGCAGGGACAUUUACCAAAUCCGUGGGGACUACAAGUUGCACGCCAUGCCCAGCUGAUCAUUAUUCUGCUGAAGGAGCUACUGAAUGCGCGGAAUGCGACUUGAAGACUCACUAUUCCAACCCUGGCUCAGCUAAAUGCAGUGAGAGAAAACCUUGCACUGUUAAUGAUUAUAUUGAAAUUCACAGCAAAUGCGAUGAAAAGAAUAAGUUUAAGAAAAUGUUCCAAUGGAUUGAACCAAAGAUCUGCCUUAACGAUGUCAAAGGUUCGACUUCUCUACCCUUAUCAGGCGAAGAAGAAAAAUGUCCGCCAUGUAAUCCUGGCAUGUUUAUGAAUGGUACAACCUGCGACUUCUGUCCUCCGAUGACGUCGAGUGAUGGCACCAGCACUGAAUGUACGAAAUGCGCUGCUUCGACCGAACCUGAAUACGGUUACGACUUUCACUGGUGGAGAAGCUGGCCUCCUAAUAUGGAUCGAAUGUGUCAAUCUUCAUAUGAUCGAGGCUGUGCGUCACAAGAUGGUUUCCAACUCCGUGGUACCUCGAUCGAUAGCGGAUACGGCCAUGCAGAUGAUGCGAGAGUAUUGUUGUUUCUCGGAACGGAUGGAUUUAAAAGAAGCCAUCUUUACCCUGGUUUGGGAACAGUCACUUUUGAGUUUGAAAUGCAGUGUGCGGGACCGUGCUAUUUGAGCUUUUAUCAAUUGCACAGUAAAAAGAGCGAGGAAAGCGGUCGUUACGAGAAAAUAAAAGUUUGGGAGGGUAAACAAUCGAAACAGAAAUACUCCUUUCAAGCGACAGCAGAGCACACAGAAGGAUUUUAUUGGGUUUUCCGAAAGGGUAAAAAAGCUAAAAGAACAUUUGGAGAAUACGACGGUGUUGAUCCUGAAAUGCACUUCAAAUAUCGAAAUGACAAAGUGACAGUCUAUUUCAUCAAAGUAACGAAAACAAUCGAUGGUGGUGCUGCAGGGUGCAAGAAAUGUCCAGUUGGAGUGAAAGAUGAAGGGUGUGUUGAAUGUCCGAAAGGCAAUCGAAUUAUUCCAGAUAAGAAAAAUAUACCAAAAUGUCAACCUUGUCCUAAGAAUACCUACCUUAACGUUAGCGAUCCUUAUGGAAGAGAUGCUUGUAUUGCUUGUGGGGAUUUCUUGACGAGUGAAAAGGGAUCCACUGAGUGUGUUUCUAGUUGUAAAUUCACAAGCAAGGAAGGAGAAAAAUAUGAUUUAUCACCGAUAUCAGGGAUUUACAGCAAAAAGACCAGCGCGCUUUUCACACCACAAGGAACGAAGUAUUACCACAUGUUCAACAUCAGCGUGUGUCCGCAAGAUCCAUCAUUGAAAGCCUCCUGCCACAGAAAUGUCAGUAUGGAAGGAAAUGCGGAGGCCACAAAGACGUACAAUUACACAAUUUGUCGUAUGACCAUCGUACCAAGGCCUUCCACGACUUUUGCCACACAACCAAUGAGUGUUGGUAAACAGCUGAUGUUGAUCUCAACAAGAAAAGUGAAAGAAAAUGAUGAAUUACUGAGUGAGAAACAGAUGAUCAAUAGAACAAUUAUCUCAUUCCAUUAUAGAACAGACGGUGUCACCGAGGCUUGCCCAAGAGGACGAUCAACUGUCAUUCAUCAUGUUUGUGAUCCACGUCGCAAGGCGAAAAGCGAGGUAAAGCUUGCAGUACCACAGAAAUGUUCUGAGGGAACCUGCGAUGGAUGCAGUUUCCACUUCAUAAUGCGUUCCGCAGCGGCUUGUCCUUUGUGUACGAGUGAACACUAUUUUAGUGUUGUGACGGGCUGUGUGAAAGAAAAAAAACACACGACAUAUGUUUGGAAGUCGCCUAAGAUAUGUCUUGGUGGCAAAGCUUUACCAGAAGGCAAUUACACCAAAUGCAGCCUUUUAGAAAAACCUAUAAAAGAUUAUGCGAUUGGUCUUGGUAUAUUUGCUGGUGCUGUGGUUUUAAUGGUCUUAGCUGUCCUUAUUCUAUGGUACAAAAACAGAAGACUAGAAUAUAAAUAUCACAAACUGAUUCAGAACGCGUCAGAUCGUUCCGGAGAACUGCCUGGAGCUCCUCAAUGUGUUGGGGAUGAUGAGGACGAGGAUGAGGAAGAGGUUCAUUUCAAGAGUGGUGAAGGCCGUGGCAAACGUUUUUUAAAAAACAUCAAGAGCAAAUUUGCUGGUGACUCGAAAUUUUCGGAUCAGUACAAUUUCAGCAAUUUUAGUGAUGAUGAUAUCGGUUCAAUUGAACCAACUUCAAAGACUCCUUUAAGUUAGACAGACUCGUAUUUGGAAGAAAAGAGAGUUGUAAGAAUUGUAAGACCACAAGAAUUGUAAAACAGAAAAGCAGCACUAGAAAGCGAUGGCUUACUUGUUAGUUGUUAUAUAUAUUUUGCCGGAGCAUUUUUUGCAAACAUGACAUGUAGUUAUACGUUAUUAAUAGUCUAAAAAUUUCAAAGUGAACUUAUGGUUCGGCCUCACUGUAUAUCAUGUGUUAAAACACGGUUAAUUGAAAACAAGUGGCGUAGGCAGCCAAGGGGGAUAGAGGCUUCUGUCCUCCUAAGUCACACAGGGCACACUAACUGAUUAUCAGUACUGAACUGAUAAAUCUCUCGUAGAUAGACUAGUCUCAACAAAAUUUAACGAAUUGCGCCAGAAAGUGCAUGCAACGGCAUUUUAGAGUCUCAAUUUUUGAAUAUUUUCAUCGUGAAGGAUGCCCACAAACACAGACAGUGAUUCUGUAUGCGCCUAGUUCAGACACCACGAGUCCACGACUAUAUCUUCCUACGCCACUGAGAUAUCUAAUCAGGAAAAGUUAAAAUGAUGUAUUUACAAUUUAGCCAGUGAGGCAUUCAAUUAUGGUCAAAAUAAUGCCUUAGUUUUUCAA